ACUGUCUGUUUACUGUUUCAGAAACAACUCAAAUGUAGGCAUUUAGCACAUCUUCUCUUUCAGAGUGACUUGUGAUUGGAGCUGCUGCAGAAAACUUCCUCUGUAGUUGUCAACAGAGGUGAAUGUGUAAACAGGAUUGGUCCUUUUUGAGGCUACUACUAACCUGCCUUGUUGUUGUCUUUACUACUAGCCUGCAAGGUUACUGUGUUUCACAUUGCACGUACUGUAGAAUAGUUUGGCAACCUGACGCAGCUCCAAAAUAAUAUUGAGAUCCAUUUUUAACUUCUUUGUGACCUGCCCCAGCCUGUGACACGGAAGCAGCCAGGCAGCCAGGCGACCAUGGCGACGCACCUGUUUUUAUAAACUGAACUGCGCUCUAAGAAUUGCUGGUUGAUGGAGUCUGUGCGGCGGAGUGGUGACUACUGCCACGCCCAACACAUUUAGAGCCUAUCUGGGAUGAAGCUGCACCAUGCAGUCCUGCGGCCCUGAAACCUGAAAGAACAUUGGCCCUUGCCCUGUGAACCAGCCAGUUCAUGGGGUAACACGUGGAGCCUCAACACUGGAAGUUAACUGGAGAGAGAAAGAAAGAGUGCUACUGAGAGAGAAGGACCGAAGCAGUGACAAUCAGAGAGAUAAAAACAGAGAAACACUGUAGCUUCCUGGACUACAAUCAGCUGAUGGAGUAAAACUGUACUCAAGACAACAGGACCUCAGAAUUGGGAAAAUACCUUAAAGGCUAAAAACAGUAUCCCAACAGAAGGUUCAAUAAGAGACAAUAAGUCCAGAGUUACCUGAAGACCUGCUAUUAGUUGAAAACACAGCAGCUACCUACAGCUGGAGCUAAAGGUCAGAGAUCAACCUGGGAUAUCAAAGAUCAUGCUGGCCAACAUGAACCGUCCAGCGCCAGUGGAACUGUGCCACAAGAACAUGAGAUUCCUCAUCACACACAACCCCACAGACAGCACACUCACCUCCUUCAUAGAGGAUCUGAAGCGGUUCGGUGCCACCACAGUUGUUCGUGUCUGUGAUAUCACCUAUGACAAAACACCGUUGGAGAAAGACGGCAUCACUGUGGUGGAUUGGCCGUUUGAUGAUGGAGCCCCGCCCCCAAGUAAGCUGGUGGAUGAUUGGUUGAGUCUGCUGAAAAAGAAGUUUCAGGAAGAGCCAGGAUGCUGCGUUGCAGUUCACUGUGUGGCUGGACUGGGGAGGGCUCCUGUGCUGGUUGCUCUGGCUCUGAUAGAGAGUGGGAUGAAGUAUGAAGAUGCUAUUCAACUUAUCAGACAGAAACGUCGUGGAGCCAUCAACAGUAAACAGCUAACCUACCUGGAGAAAUAUCGAUCCAAGCAUAGACUCCGCUUCAAAGACUCUCAUGCACACAAGAACAAAUGUUGCAUAAUGUGAACACACACACACACACAGACAUCUUGUGGUCCUCGACAAAUUCUCUCAGGAAUCCAACCAUACAAGCCUUGUGUCACCGUCACAAACAUUUAAUUUUGUAUACAGGCUUUAUUGGCCCAUGUGUACCCUUGACUAUUUUGACAGCAGUUUUAGCAGAACCCAUCUUUGUUCCCUUGUUUGUGAUGAUCUCUUGAGAUAGAUUCGAGAUUUGAGAGACAGAUUACAGUGAAGAAAGAUAUGGCAAAGAUGGUCGAGGGAGAGAAAAUAUCACAUAAAGAAUUCAAUUUUGUCGACACAAAAUACAUAAGGUUGAGGCUUGGGAAUCCAGUUGGAAUUUUCAAUAAAACAAAUUCAUACAGUGCUCCUCUGGGCACACAUCGAGACAGAUUUGGUGUAGCUGAUUUACUAUGAUAUACCUGAUGUAUUGGCCUUCAAAACCUUAAGUCAUACCGGAUAUUUUGUGGAAAUACCAUUGAAUUUUCAUUAUUUUGUACAGAUAUUCAACACGUUUAAACUUCACCAUGAUCCCAGUAUAAAAUGACAUGCAGUAUUUCUCUGUGUGUUUCUUUGAAAUUAUUUCAUGUCAUGAAAAACACUUAAGACACUUUUUAAACAAGAGCCAAAACCAUAACACUGAAACAUAGGAUUAAAAUCAUUUUGGCAGCUCAGUGUUUUUAUUGAGAAUUAGUGUCAAUACUCUAAGAUGCCCCUUUUUUAAAAAUGAUUCCUGUUGGUGUCUGUUCUCAGAGUAACUGCAGAUAUAAGGGCUCAUUUUUAUCUCAGCAUUUUCUGCCAUUUAUCUACGCUCAGAAUUCAAAUCUGCUUCUGAAAUGCUAGAUGAAGCAACUUGGUAUAUACAUAAAGCAGUUAUUUGGUUUUGUUACAGUUGCAGCAUUUCUUCGUUGUGCUCAAGUUAUGUGUUUACAUAUCAGGUUGUGGAUUAUAUUAUGCUCUGUUUGCUGACACCGACAGUAGGAAACAUCUUUGUCAGCAGCAGCUGAUUUGAAGUCAGGUUUAAAGUACAUAUGUAUUAUAAAAAAAUGAAUUGUUAAUAAUUUACCAGUAAUGAUACAUUACACACAUUCUAAAAUGACAGAGAGAUGUAAACUAUUGUAAAUAUUAAAUUAGAUAUCUAUUUUAUUCUCCUAGAGGUCAGGGUAAACCACUCUAAUACAUUGACUACAAAAAGUUGCAAAGAAAUUAAAAUCAUUGCAGGUAUGACAAAUGUUUUUUUGUUUGCGUGUCAGGGAGUCAUUUUCAUUUUAUUAUCCGUUAAUGACCCAGUCUCUCAGUUUUAUUCCCUUGGAUGAUACAUGGGUAAAUUGAGAUAUUGGUCAAAUCCUAGCACAAAUAAUGCUGGGCAUAAUUUAGACUAGGUUACACUAUAUUAUACAUAUUUUCUUGUGGGGUGGAAUUUACUUAUUAAUUUGUAUUGAUCCUGAAUGAGGCAUGUAGCCAAUGGCUUCAGUUUUUGCUGAAGAUGGAGCAUACACCUUUUAUGGAUUAGUCAGUUGCUUGUGAUAGUCUCCUCACCAUCUGAUGUCAUGAACAAUAAUUUGUAAGAAAGAAAUGAAAGCAAAGGGUGUACAAUUAUAGUAAAGAAGGAGAGAGAAAAGAUAAUGUACCAUCUUUACCUGAAAGAUUAACAGAUUGGCUACAGUUUACUUGUUCAUAUGUGUGCGUGUGUUUGUUUGACAAUGUGUGUGUGUAUUUGUUUUGUAGUCUUUAGCCAUUGUUAAUCAUUGGGACUGGCCUGAACACACUUUUUUAAUGUAAAAACAAAUACUGUAAAUGUUUGUAUGUCUGUAAAUUAUUGCACUGUUUAAUAAAGGUUUUGUCAUUGUCCCUAUAUUUUAAUAGAUAAUAAUUAAUUCCUGUCUGGAAUGUCCAAUAUGAUCCCUGUUUUGCAGCCUUAAGUUCUAUUCUGCUGGAAAUGGUCAAACAAAAACAGCAGUUGUCAGGCAUCUAAUAUGACUAUACAGAAGGAAGCAUAUACUGUACAUUCCCACCUAAACCAAUACAAUUUCAGUUCCUUGCUGCUUGUGGAGAAAACAUAGUUAUAGAUUUAGCAUUAAAACAUGAGAAAAAAACAAAUGAACAAACAUUUAUGUACAGUAUACACAUUAAUAGUAUAACUUUCCCUAAACUCUUGUAUCUCAUUAAAUUGUACUUUUACUUGUGUGUUUUUGUUGUGUGCAAUCAUCAACAUUUCACUUGUGUUGAUCUAACUAUGAGCUUGCAAGUGCUUGCACUGCCUUGUGGUGGAUGUCUGUAAGGCCUGAAAGGAUAAUCCAGCCUACUUGG